AUGGCUCCCCUCACAAAGAGCCAGAAGAAAAACCGCAAGAAUAAGAAGAGACGAGCCUGGCGGGUCGCUGAGGCCGCCGCAAAUGCGCCUCCUCCUUCUACUGAGGAGGCCGCUGCCGCAACUGAGCGUCGUGCAGCUGAUGCUGCCGCCCCCGGUAGUGGCUCGGCCACUGCUGCUGCUGGUGACCUUGGUGGCCCUGACCGUGGGGGCGGCCAGGGUGCUCUCCAGGGUGCCACCGAGCAGGCAGUGGCCGAGCCACUACCGGGUUGCCCUACCGACCAACCUGCCUCGCCCGCCCCCUCCUCUCCCCCCUACUCCCCCUCCUACUCCCCUCCCACAUUUGACUCCUGA